UCUCAUCUACAGUCAAAGAUGCACGUUAAAACAAAUUGUGUUGGUCUUUUCCACUGGGAGUGCAAACCUGCUUUACCUGCUGCUGUUGUGCUUGCUCCAAAGAUGGGGCGCUCAUGUUUCAACAGGUCCCUUUGGUGGAAAUGGAUGGCAUGAAGCUCAUUCAGACAAAAGCAAUCCUGAAUUACAUCGCAGAGAAGUACAAUCUGCAUGCAAAGGAUCCCAAAGAACGAGUCAUGAUCAACAUGUAUUCUGAGGGAUUGACAGACCUCAUGGAAAUGAUUAUGAUCCUCCCCUUCACCCCAGAUCCCAAACCCAAAUUGGACAACAUUCAAAGCAAAGCAAAGGAGCGCUACCUUCCUGUGUAUGAAAAGGCUCUGACUGGACCCGUGUACCUGGUGGGAGGAAAACUAAGCCUUGCUGAUGUGCUGCUUCUUGAAUGCACCCUGAUGCUGGAGGAGAAAUUUCCAGACAUUUUGAAAGACUUCCCCAAUAUCAAGUCCUUUCAGGGCAGGAUGACACAAAUCCCCGCCAUCAGCAGGUUUCUGCAGCCGGGCAGCAAGAGGAAGCCGCCGCCAGAUGAAAAAUACUUGAAAAAUGUUGUGGAAGUCUUAAAACUCAAGUUGCCACUUUAAGAAAAACGCUACAAAAGAUCUGUUACAUUCCUCAUUAGGCAGCGUGAUUAUGAUCAGUUACGUCUAAAAUCAGUUACAUCUAAAAUCUUAAUUAGUUUAAAGGACAAGCAGCACAAUAAGAGUUAAGAGGCAGAUAAUCAUUUACCUCCCUUCUAACUCUUAUUGUUAAGAGGCAGGUAAAUACGUGAAGAUAGACGAGACACCAACACACCAACACAACAACAUGGAAAGAACUUCUGUAAUCUUCUUUAGCAAUAAAUACAGUUGACAGAAA